UGACAGUGAACCAAGUCCUAUUGGCUUGGUGCUUCAUGACGAUACAAGGAACAAGGAGACUCUACGAAUCCAUCACGCUCACGAAGCCUUCUCAAUCGAAGAUGUGGGUUGGUAUUUGGUUACUGGGAAUUGCGUUUUAUAUUUUUAUGGGUAUCUCGAUUUGGAUUGAGGGGAUCUCUACACUGAGCAAGGCUGAAUCACCGGCAAAUCUCCUAGUCUUUUCAAAACCAUCCAUGAAGACCUUCGUUGCAGUUCCCAUCUUCAUUCUCGCAUCCGGUAUCCAGCACGAUUGCCAUGAAUACCUUGCCAGCCUGAAGAAGUAUACCCUUCCGGAGCACCAUCUGUUCCGGUCGGUAGUAUGCCCGCAUUAUACCAGCGAGUGCUUCAUUUAUCUCGCGAUAGCUAUUCUAGCGGCGCCCAAAGGACAAAUGCUGAACGGGACAGUCCUGAGUGGUAUGGGAUUUGUGGUUUCAAAUCUCGCUGUAACGGCCGACUCUACCAGGAAAUGGUACGUAGAGAAGUUUGGGGCAGAAAAGUUGAAAGGUCGAUGGAGGAUGGUGCCGUACAUUUAUUGAUCACAUUGUUCUUAUUCAACGCUUGCCAAAAAUUCCCAGUUUCGCGCCCAGCUUCGAUACCUUGAUUACAUGGCGAUACGUGAGGCUUGUUCGUGUUCGGCGCUCGAGUUUUCCAUUUACGAUUUCAUCGGGAGAUCGAAGGAGCUCCCAAUUAGAGACAGUUGUUGGAUUAAGGUCAACAUAUUCAUUGACUUCUGCUAUGCCAUGCAGAUAGUCCGUGUAAAGCUCCCCUGCGGUAAUGAGUAAGGAUCGUGGCUCCUGAAGAAUCCGCCAUCGUGGCUGAUCUUCCACAGCUCCAUCCUCUUUGCUGCCAUAAAUAUCCAAACAAAUACUGGCUCCCAGGCUAACUGUGCAUACCACGGGAUAAUAUGCAGCGCCAUCUUUGUGAGGCAUUAUUCCCUGCCCUGGCAAAUAUUCGUUGAUUAGGACAUGGUUCGGGACCAGCUUUUUUGACUUCUCGCCAUC